AUGAAGUCGCUCUCUGUAGCGCUAGCGCUCAUCGCGCAUGUUCAGGCCGGCCUUCGCUUUCCAUGCUCUACAUUGACCAUUCAGCGCCUUGACCCCGCGGUCCAGCCAGGCUCGAACCCGUCCGCCCACGUUCACCACAUCGUUGGUGGAAACGCCUUCAAUGCCACCAUGACGGGGGAUGUCAGCGAGAGAGCUACCUGCACUACUUGCCAAAUGUCAGAGGACUUUUCUAAUUACUGGACCGCCGUCUUAUACUUUAAACAUCCCACCAAUGGUUCCUAUCAUCGUGUACCCGUUGUUCCUGUUCAGCCCCUAUUAGGAAAUUCGAAUGGUGUCACAGGUGGACUUACUGUCUACUAUACCCAAUUCGACUUAUCCAAGGAUAACCUGAAGCAGCAACCUAUUAAAUCUUUCCAACCAGGUUUCCGUAUGACGGUGGGCAGCCCAACUGAGGGCUCACGUCCGCACGUCGGCCUACGUUACCAAUGCCUACAAGGGCAAAACAGAGGUGCAGAGAUGCCCGACUUCCCCACCAAGCCAUGCUCAGGCGGUAUCUUUACUACCCACCACUUCCCUGCAUGCUGGGAUGGCAAGAAUCUUGAUAGCCCAGAUCACCAGUCUCACAUGUACAACACGAUCAAGUCAGAUGGAUUCACGAACGCCCCUGCAUGCCCGUCGUCUCACCCUGUUCGUGUACCGCAAGUGACCUACGAGACCGUCUGGGAUACAACUCAGUUCAACAGCAUGUGGCCUUCAGGAGCGCCUAAUCCUUUUGUAUGGAGCUUUGAGGGUACUAGCGGGUAUGGGACCCAUGCCGAUUAUAUGUUCGGCUGGAAAGGCGAUGCGCUCCAGCGCGCUAUGGACAAGUCCGAGUGUUUCUACGAUGGCUGCGGUGCUAUUAAAAAGCAGGCUAUGACUGCCGCCAACCAGUGCACAGUCAAGGACUUUGUUGGUGAGGAAACUCUAGGAUGGCUUUCAGAGCUCCCAGGCAGGCCCAAGACAAAAUCGGGCUAG